AUGCAUAAGGUUCUGGUUCCUAUAUCCAGCGUUUCCUUAGCCUGUAAAACCCGAGGGGAUACGUCUGCCUCUGGUGUUGUCUGCGAAAUGACUGCACAAAACGUCUUUGCUUUGAUGUGGUGGCCUUAUGUUAUCCGGAGAAUUGGAGAAAUGUCAAAGAGGGAGGAUCCUAGGCGAGUCCCAGCAUCAUUUUUAUUUCGCAACACUAACUCUUUUUUAAGAACCCGAAAUCGUAAAACUCACAAGAAUUCCCUAAACAGAAGUAAAACUGCGUCUGCAUCAGAACUUUCUCAGCAAUUGCGGGACGCUUUGGAGUUAUUGCGUCUAGCUCCUGAUCAACAGUUGAAUUUCGCAGGAGCAUUCGAAAGAUGUGCAAGAUGGGUGUAUAGAAGGAGGAAUUAA